AUGAGUACUACAGUAUAUCAUGAUAAUUCUCCACAUUAUCUUCAAUCAUCGAUAUUAAUCAAUAAUAAAACAUCCGGUCAACAACGACCAACACAUAAUCUAUCUAAAAAUCUUUCACAAAAUGAAAUUCAAUGUUUAUAUGAUCUUCUUGGAAAUAAUUGUGUGACUUUAGCAACAGCUGUUGCACAAAUCUUACAUACACAUAAUAAUAUUUGGAAAAAACAUUCAAGUGGUGUUUUAUGUUUUAUUAAAGAUUAUAAUAAACAAACCUAUUAUUUUCGUUUAUAUGAUCUUCAAUUAAAACAAUCAAUCUAUGAAGAAAUCAUAUCUUCAUCAUUACAUCUUGAAAAAAUAUCAGAUCUUUUUUAUAUAUUCGAUGGAAUGUAUUAUAAAGUUGGUAUUAAUUUCAUUGAUCAAAUUGAAGCAAAAACAUUUUGUAAUUAUUUUCAUACAAAACAAGAUAAUCGACAAAACAAGAAAAAUCCAAAGGAUCAACAAAUAUCAAUGUCAUCGACUACAAAUGAAAUUAAAACAAUAUCAAUUGAUAAAUCAUUAUUAAGCUCUAAUAAUACAUCGAAGAAACAAUCAACUUCGAAAAGUCAACAACAAAAAAAAUCCAAAGAUAAUCGACCAGUUAUAUCCCUACCAAUACCUUCAAGUUUUACUCAUAUUAUUCAUGCUGGACCUGAUGAAAGUUUUGUAACAGAUGAUGCACAUAGAAAAUUAUUUGAAGAAGUAUUAUCUAAUAUGCCUAUAUCAUUAGAAGAAAAAUCAUACAUUCGAAGAACUGUAAUAGAUACAGAUGGUGGUUUGGAGAGAAUUUUUGCUAAAUCAUUACAAGAUUGUGAUAAUCAACAGUAUGAAAUGUCAAAUAGUCCACCAGAAAUUCCUCCACGUACUUAUUUAACAAAUGGACAAAAUAAUAUUAAACGUAGUCCACAUCAAGAUAUUUCUAUUCCAUCAUUAACCUAUCAGAAAACAAAUACAAUUUGUCCUCAAAUUCCGAAUACAUCAAUUAUUUCCGAACGAUCAAAAGCACCAAUCAUUCCACCAAGACCUUCUCCUGAUGCACCAAAUAAUAUACAUUCAUCUGUUUCAAUUCCACCACCAUUACCUCCUCCUAGACGUGCUAAUUUAGAAAAUCAAAAACCAAUUGCUAACAUUCCUCCAGCUCCUCCUCUUCCAAUUUUUUCAUCAGAACAAAUUACAAAAGAACCAGCUACGGAAUCGUCAAAUUCUCAACCUAAAGCUUUCCUUCAAGAAAUCCUUGAUUAUAAUAAAUGUAAAUUAAAAUCAGAGGCAGAACGAUCAGCAACAUUGAAAACAUCAUCUAUAAAUAAACCAAAUAUUGAAGUACAACGUACUCUUGUAACAAAUAUUAUGGAAAUGCUUGCUCCACGACGAGCAGCAAUUAUGGGACGUAAUAAUGAUGAUGAUGAUGAAAAUGAUUCAAAUGAUGAUGAUGAAUGGAAUGCUUAA